UAUUUAGUUUUGCGCCAUCCAAGUAUCCAGCCACAGCUUAAUAAUACCACAAGCUUUUUUGAAAGAUUUGGGCUUCUAAUUUUGUUUCCAAUUAGUUAAACUAUUUCAGAAAAUACAGUUAAUCAGUGGUUAAGUGGCAUAGAGGAAUAUAUGUAGUUAAGCAAUAUACGAUUGAGUAUUGAUUAGGUAAUUCUCUAAGCUAAGUAAGUGGUAAUAAAAUAAUAAAACCACGUCUGUGGGACAGUCUAUCCCUAAAAAAAACACGUCGCCUGUCUCAGACCCAGACCAGUCUAGUCUAGGCAUAGAGUCUAGGUCACGGAUUAGAUGAUGAUGAUUUUUUGGAUACUGGCCAUUUAUUAAUAAUGGUGGAUUCUGUAGAAAAAAAAAACCAGUAAUCUUCUGUCAUUCUUUAAAAAUGCAAGCACAACGAAAUAGCUGUCUAAAUAUUUGUUGAAAAUCAUUAUUUUUUCAAGGACUGUUACAAUUUAAGCGCAACAGUUCAAUAUGGCGCAGUCAGAAGCACCAUCUGGUACCGCUUCGGAGUUCGCAGCGAGCGAAAUGCCGGUAUCUGAACUAGGCGAAGCCUCGCCUACUCCGGGAGGAGGAGGGACGUUUCCUCCGUAUCCCCCGUACGCCACGGAGCCGGCGCCGGCGUCCGUGGCCGACACCAUCAUCGCCGGCCGAGACAUCCGGCUGCAGCACAAGUCCCUGCCGCGGCAGGCUGUACACCCACCCCCGAAACCUGCGAGGCCUAAAGGUCCGAAGGCGACAGACGUGAAGCUGACGCGGCGGUCGAUGCGAGCGCACGCGCGCUGCCUGCGCCGCCACGGGGCAGUGCUGACGGACCGGCUGGAGCGCAUGGCGAAGCCCCCGCGACGCAACAUCAUCUGUCUGUGGAGGGAGCACGCUCAUCAGCUGCCGCCUGAGACGAUUGCUCGGUUGCGUUCUAUGCUGGAUGCUGAUGAGCCAUUUAAACCAGACCAGGCAUACGAAUAUUUCGUUAACCUGCGGAAAACUAAGAAGAAAACGACCACUACUGCCAAAGUGAACCAAAUAAAGAAGGACGUGCUGGCGAUUUGUGCCGACAAGCGGUUCGUAUGGGCGCGAAACGCGACAGUCGCCUUCGCGAGGGGCAUCCAGCAGCGACUGUCAAGACCCGGACGAUAUGCUUUAGCUGACAGGAUGUUGCGGUUAUCCAACAUAGUCUUAGAAGAGAUAUGCGGUUACAUGCACAUGAGAGCUCCUUCGCGAAGGUGUGGCCAUCCAAAGGCCAAGUUCAUGAUGGAGAUGGCGGACAAGGUAGCGGUAUGGAUUGACGAAGUCCUUGCUGAAUCAGACGAUCGCAUGCUGAUGAUGGACUAUGACGAAGAUGAAGAUGUUAUAGGAGCGGAUGAAGCCGGUGACACCGGCUUUGCAGACGACUUUCUGAAUAUGAUGGGAGGUGGUGGUCUUCUAAAGGGACCGCAACCAGCCUACUUAAAGUUUUCAGGUCCAAUGCUGGAAGCAUUUCUUAUCCUAACUGAUUCAAUGAGCAAUAAGGGAGACGAACAACUUUUGACACAUGGAAAAUUUUCACAAACUUACAAAGAGGGUGCUGAUGAGCUGAAACAAACUCCGGAUUUUGAAGCGACAGAGUUUAACACGACUCUAUCUAAUCAACUAAACAAAGAUCUUACCGCCACCGCCAAGCCUAACACUCCGGGGAAUCUAGCAGCUUGCAUGAAAGAGAUCGUUGAAAUUUGCGGAAACUACCUGGCUCAGAACGCUGAAUUCAAUAAGGACAAAGGUCCGGCAUUCAAGCUACUUGUCAAGACAAUGAAGACAAGACCAAACGAUCAACUCUACCAGAAAGAAAAGGCUAAGAGAACAUUCGGAAAAGCAGCGAAAGAACUUGAUGAGGCCCGCGGGUUGGAGAGCGAUCAUGAUGAUCCCAAUUUAUCACAGGAAAUCCAUUCAACUUUGUCAAAGCUUAUAGACCCUGUGACUCCAGGCGAUCUGAAGACGGAUAUGAAAGAAACUCUGGAUAUUUGCUCCAAAUACUUGUCUCAGUGUGCCACUGACGAAAUUGAACGUGGGCCUGCUUUCGACUUGCUAAUAAAGGAACUGCAAAAGGAUGGAUCAGGAAACUUCACACCACAGUUUGAUCCGUUGAAUUGCAAGUUUGCUGCGGCAUAUGUAUUGAAAUCUGCCCCUGGUUUGUCUUCAAGUGUACCUAAUCCAGAAACCGUACCAAUAUUCACUGAGGCUCUACAUAGAGCAGUGGAUCCAGCUACCCCCGCGAAGCUCAGGAAUGAUAUGAAUGAGGUUAUUGGAAGGUGCAGUAACUACCUUUCAGCAUUCAUUCGUGAUCGAGGGAAAGCUUUGGAAUUAUUGCUGAAAACCAUGAAAGGCAAAGGUAAAACAGAACUUGCGAAAAGAAACAAUUAUGGAAUGGAUUACAUGACUGGAGCAAUUGAAACUGAAACGGCUCCUAUGUUGGUACCAUUUCUACCAAUUAAAGAUAUUGCUGACGAAGCAAAAGGAAAGCUGACUGAAGAUAUGGAAACUCCUACUCCUCCUAACCUGAAGAUUGCUAUGAAAAGCUUGGUGCAGGAUGUGGCGAGACAUUUAUCUCAAGCAAUUGCUUUACGCAGCGGAGUCGCGGGAGAAAGAUACCCUUUAAAUUUUCUGGCAGCUGUUAAGAAUUCAUUAGGAUCAAGAUCUCUAUUCAAGUACAAAACAUUUGGACAAACAUACAAGGAUGCAGCUGAAGAACUCAAGUAUUCCGGCCCCCUAGAAUACGACCCAAAGUGUGAAGAAUUACAGCAUGAAAUAUCAUCAGAGAUGGUUCGAGGAGUGCCCACUAAGUUACCACCAAGCAUUUCAGACGGAUUAAGACCGACGAUGAGUGAGGCCUCCAAACAUUUAGCAAAAGUUGGAACCGAGAAAGGUGAGGCCUUAGAUUAUGUUGUAAAGCUUAUGAGAGAAGAGGGAGAAACACCGCUCGGUCAACUACAAGGAUAUAUGCAGAGUUAUAACGACGGAGCUCGGAGGAUAGAAAAUGCACCUAGUCUUGCCAGCGAGAAAGUUGAUAAAGGAGCUUACGAGUCCGUAAGAGGGAAACUGACGAGUUUGACCGAGAAAAAGCCUGCACCAGAACAUGCGAAGCAUUUACCAGGAAUACUGGACGACUCUUCAAAGUUUUUGGCAGCUCCGUUCCCAGAAAGUGAAUCUGAGAAACGUCGAGUCUUGGCCGAUUUGAUGGCGCGCAAGGAAGACAAUAUUGUUGGCCAAGAUGGUCUGUACAAGCUCACAUUCAAGGAGGGUGGUGAAGAAAUAAUGAAUGCUCCAGUGGGGAUUACGUCUGCUUACGAUGAGUCUAAAAAGACCGAAAUGCUUGGUAAAAUCAACACGGUUAUACCAGAUAAGAAAUUGGCAGAUGCAUUAAAAGAUCCAUCUCGUGAAGGAGCUGCUUAUUUGACAGACAUAAUCAAAGGAAGAGGUGAAGCAAUGCAAGUCAUUCACGACAGUAUGCAAAAAGAAAAAUCAAAGGACUUCCUAUCACUUGGCAAGUUUCAGAAAAAUCAUGAGCAAGCAGCGCAAAUGUUGGAAACAGCAGAUCACUUCGGUGGCCAACAUCCUAACCCUGUGAUCUUAGAUAGAGUAAACCAGCGCAUUAAUUCUCUACCAACAGUCGUUUCAGCGGACAUGACUAAAGGACACAUGCAUGAUACCACUGAUAUCACGGCUGCGUAUAUUGCUGGCGUGGCUACGAAAGAAUGUGGCUUAAGUGCAAAGGAACUUGCAGCAUUAGAUGAGUCAGGGCAACAAAAAGUGCCGUCUCCAAAAGCGGCAUCCCCACCAGCAGCGGUAUCCCCGCAAGCAGCACCGUCCCCGCCCCCGGCGAGCCAGGCUGGGGACAACGCGGACGACGAGGCGCGCAGGAGGGCCGAGGAGGAGGAGGCCGAGCGCAGGCGCCGCGAGGCCGAGGAGAGACGCAAGAGGGAGUUAGAGGAAGAAGAAAGGAGGAGGAAAGCUGCUGAAUUGCGUGCAUCAGCGCGAGCAAGAGGUGCUGAUGAAGUGGAUCCAGACCGUGAAGCAGCAAUGGGAAUUUUGCAUAGUCAGCUCAAAGCGAAAGGUGGCGAAACCUUCUACAAGCAACCCCACACGGAACUUUCCCAUGCACAGGCAUCAGAGUGGCUGACGCAGCCGCCGAUGAAAGUUGAUAAGACGGUGAAGGAGUCUGCGGACACCGGCCGCCUCCACAAGAAGUUCGAGAGGAAACUCAGCACGCUGGUCAACAAAAGCACUCCACCCACAAUGGUCGAUUCAAUGCAAGAUGUCGUCAUUGAGUCUUCUCGUGUGCUAUCGGAAUUAUUCGUCGCGAGCAAUUACAAGGCUUUAGUGCGUGAGGCCCUAAUAUCUGAAAUGCAGAAGCGAGGAAAUGAAAUACUAAUCGAAUUGGACGGAGCUGCUGAAACAUUCUUCUUUGCGGCACAAAGAUUGAAGAAAGCCAAGUCCCUCGAAGUAAAGGAACCGUGCACUAAUGUCGCCUACUAUCUGACAAAGAAACUGGACGAUAUGAUACGAUGUCGAUCCAUGGCCCGUAAAUUAACAUCCACAAUGAAAGAGCACAUCAAAGUUGCUGCUGACUACUUAUCGGAAUUAGUGACUAAACCAGAUGAACAAAUCGAAGCUUACGUAGCAUUAUUGGGAGAAAUGGAAGCAGCUGGCGACUCUCUUUUGAUUGAGGGAGACAUUCCAAAGUCCUACAAAGACGCAGCAGCUUACCUUCGUCAGCUCACGUCAGCUACAGAUCAAAUAAAUCGCCCGAAUAGCUCUCUACAAUCCCAGGCUGAGAGCAAGUUGAAAGGGAUUAUGGCCAAUGUGACGGCUACUGGCUACACUCAAACUGUGAUGAGCGGAGUUAUAACGGAUUCUACGAGAUUGCUGGUAUCAUACAUCAUGUUGCAAGGUGAAAAGACCGAAGCCUUGAAGAUUAUGAUUGAGCAAAUGGAUCAAGCCGCAGAUAAUGUACUGCUGCGACAUGGUACUAUUCGCAAAACGUACACCGACGGAGCUGACAUGUUGCGUGGCAAGAACACCGACCAACUUCGAGUGUCGAACGUCGAUCCCGUCGUGACCCGAAAAAUACAAAUCAAACUUCAUAACUUGAUGAACGGAUGCACACCAGACAAGUACAAAGCAUUAAUUGAUGAUGUCAUCGAAGAUACUACCAUGUAUCUAGCAGUUCACUUCUUGCGACCACAAAUCAUUCAAGUAUGCAAGUGUAUGAAGAAUGUAUUUGUACAAUGCGAACUCUGGUGCGACGAAAUACUGCGGCGGGUCGCGAAACCUUGCUGCACGUGCUCUCGCCACGUGUCUGCACAGGCUCUGCAGGACCUAGCUCCGGCCCAGCGUCUGCAGAUCAGCCCUGGGUCCUCAAAAGCAUUCGCACCGGGCAUCGAGAUAUCACUAUCAACUUGCCCAUCAAAAAUGAGCCGAACUUAUAGACGAGGCGAAAAGCCUCCACCUUGUCCUGCCCAAAAACCCUCGCCUGGCUGUGAAAACGCUACCACAACAUCCUACCUUCUCUACUCAACUGUGUACAAUCAGCGGCCGUACGACGACAUAUCUUCAAAAUACUCUCCUGAAGCUGAAUCGCUCCGCGUGGAAACUCCUACUCCGCCACCUGCUGGAGCCGAAAAGUAUUCACCGUUGCAUUCUAUGUUCUUUAAAACGGACUCUUUAGACAUGCCGUCAUCUUCACGUCAAAUGGACAUGAAUCAGCAACCGGAACAUGAGAAACAAGAAUCGGAGGAAUCGUCACCUGAGACGUACUAUACUCCGCCUACGACUGACUCUCAUCCUUCUCGGGAUUCGAGGAGAGACAGCUCAAGUCCUUUCUGGCAGUCGCCGACGACUAUGUAUGCAAGAAUUCAUACUCACGAACACCCGUCCUUGCAGAAAGCGGCACCUUUUGAAUUUUCUAGAAGACCAACAACGAGAGCUAAAACUGGAUUCAAUUCACGUACACCAAUUGUAUCAACUGAUCAAAUGGCUGACUGGCAUGCGAUGAUGGUGAGCCUGAUGUGGAACGUGCAAGCCUGGCGAGACUGGAUACAGGACUACAUCAAUCGUGCUCUUACAUACAAAUAUGAACCUAGAGUUUCUCCGUCUGAAGCUGAAGAAAAAUGGACGGUAUUGCAAAGAAGAAUAGCUACAGAGGCUUUACAGUGGCGCCAGUAUAAUAAUUUCAGCCGUCAGCUCACUCUGCGCCUGGCUCUACGAUAUAGAGAUAAACAAAUUGUGUCACCAACACGAGCUACUGUAAAGACUGAAAUGUACAUGGAUUGCCAAAGAGAGAUGCUAGACAUCAUCGACAUGUUUUACAGGUGGACGCACUGGCUGAGCGCAGUUGUAAGUAGCAGAAAUGUAGCAAUAAUCUACUGUUUUGUGAAAGAGACUGACUCGUUGAAACAAGUGCCAGAGUCUGAUGUACCUUUACAUGAAUUGCGUUGGAGUCAUUUUAGGAAGAAAAUCGAAGAAUAUUCCGAUGAUUGGAUCAAAUACAAUGUCCACUUGAAAAUCUGCUGGGAGCACAAAUAUAAAAGCCUUAUUAAUGAAUGGCUGCCAUCGUGGGAGCAGCCGGGACCGGUUUGGGUCGUGAGCGCGUGCGGGGCCGUGCCCAGUGGGGCGGUGGCGGCCGGCGUUUUCGACGGGGAGGUCACAUGGGUCGCGAGGACCACGCACAAAUGCAACGUGCUUCCUGCCGCUCUACACCCAUCUAAGCACUGCUGUCUUGUCUACGCUGACGGAGCCGUCCAUCACUACACCAAGUAUCAAGUGAUGUGCAACGCCGAGGUAUCGUGGGUGGCGUGGCGCGCGGGCGCGGUGGGCGCGCGUGCAGUGCGCGUGGCGAGCGGCGUGCACGUGGGCCGCGUGCACUACCGCGGCUCGCACCUGCUCGGCGCCGUGCACGCGCCGUCCUUCCGCUGCCACGUCGUCAUCUUCGGAAGACCCUUCGCCUUCAACUGCUACGAACUCCUGGUCUUGACUGGGGGGAAUGGUGAAAAAUAGUGAUCUGAAUUCGCGGACGCGUUUGAAAUUCGUUGUUGAGAUUUUGAGGUCAUACCCUCAAAGGGGACGUAAAUUUUAACUGAUUUAUAACAAAGCACAUACGGUGUAAACGCGGCGCUGCGCAUACGCAGCAUGAUAGUUACGGUUUGGCAAUUCGCCGAGUGACGCG